AUGUGGCAAAACGAGUCGUUGGGUUUCGACGGGAAUGUCACCGCAGCUUUCACGGCGGCAGUCAGUCCCACGGAGCCGGCGACGCCGGAGCUCGGCGCCAGGGAGAUCGUCGUGCCGGUGGUGUACUCGGUGAUCUGCCUGGUGGGCAUCAUCGGGAACGGCCUGGUCAUCUACCUGGUCUGGCGCCACAAGGAGAUGCGGACGGUCACCAACUUCUACAUCGUGAACCUCGCCGUGGCGGACCUGGCUUUUCUCAUCUGCUGUGUCCCGUUCUCCGCCGCCAAGAUCGUCACCCACUCCUGGGAGUUUGGAGAGUUCCUCUGCAAGUUCGUCUUCUACUUCAUGCAGGUGACGGCGCAGGCCACGUGUAUGACUCUGGCGGUGCUGAGUCUGGACCGGUUCUGGGCUAUCGUCAAACCCUUUCAGACCCCCUGGUUCCGGACACCCGUGGGCGUGGCCAUCACAACUGCCAUCAUCUGGGCAGGUUCGUUCCUGCUGUCCCUGCCCAUCGCCUUCUUCAUGCAGGUCCUGGAGAGAGACUGGUACGGCAGGAAGCUCUUCUGUAUGGAGGAGUUUCCCUCCGAGGACGAGUUCCGCGCCUACAUCAUCUACACCGUCCUCAUCAGCUACGUCAUCCCCCUGACGACCAGCGUGGUCAGCCACUGCCUCAUCCUGCGUUACCUGGCAACCAUGGCCGUCACCACGUCAGUGGCGCAGCAACACGUCAUGGCCAGGAAGAAACGGGUGACCCGCAUGGUGGCUACGGUGGUGACCCUGUUCGCGUUGUGCUGGGCGCCGAACCACGCCGCCAACCUGUGGUUCGCCUUCAAGCGGGAAGGUCUGUCCGGGGGUUUCGGCACCGUCACCGUGUGGCUGAAGAUCUCCGCCCUCUGCCUCAGCUACGCCAACUCCUGCGUCAACCCCUUCGUCUACGGCAUCAUGGGAGACAGCUUCCGCAAGGCCUUCGCAAAGUCCUUCGGGAAGGAGGACUCCCAGACCGCGAUGUCCGCCAUGACACCCCGGACCCUGAAGACCACGAAGGCGGAUGAGAUCGCGAUGGUAAAGUUAGGGGGUGGGGAGACUGCAGCUGGGGAGGAUAAAAUCACUGUGUUGAAUGUGGAGCAGAAUGAGGAUGUAGAGAAACAAGAAGAUUUGUUGUAA